UUUUUUUUUUUUUUUUUUUCUAUUUGAUAAACUACACAAAAAGUAUUAUUUGCUUUAAUUGGCAUUGUAGUACCCAAUUAGCAAGGACAUUAUUAAUUUUGAAAUAGUGAACAAUACAAGCAUACUUUACAAUUAGGUUUUUGUAAUCCAUCUCCUCUUUUCAUUAAUCAACAUUGUUCUCUAUUCUCUACCUUCCCAUGUUUUUCCUUCAAACUAGCUGAACAUAUUUGCAACUUGACAUUGGAUGUGGGAUAUUCUGUGGCAUUUCUAACAAUUGGAUCUGUUUGCUGGAUUUGGUUCUCAUCAUGCUAGUUAGAAAGGAGAUUGUGGAGGCUUGCUUGGACCGCAUUCGGAAGCUGGCAGACAACUGCACUGGUCUGCAGGGAUUUCUUGUGGUCUAUGCCGUAGGUGAUGGAGCUGGCUCAGGAUUGGGUUCCUUACUGUUGGAGAGGCUGUCAGUGGACUACGGGAAGAAAUUGAAAUUAAGAAUGACUGUUUAUCCUAAUCCUGAUGUCUCCAAUGUCAUCGCAGAGCCUUACAACAGCGUUCUGUCCACCCACUCACUCCUUGAGAAUACAGAAGUGGCAGUGAUGCUGGACAACAAGGCAAUUUACGACGUAUGCCGUAAAUUUCUUGACAUUGCGCGUCCCACAUACACCACUUUGAACCGUCUUGUCACCCAGACCAGUCCUGUGCCCUACCCCUGGAUACACUUCAUGCUAUCCUUGUAUGCCCCUGUAGCCUCAUGCGAAAGGGCAUACCAUGAGCAGCUCUCGGUUGCAAGAAUCACUAACUCCUGCUUCGAUCCAAGCAGCAUGAUGGCCAAGUGUGAUCCUAGACACGGCAAGUAUAUGGCCUGCUGCUUGAUGUAUCGGGGAGACGUUGUCCCAAAGGACGUAAAUCAAGCAGUAAGCACAAUCAAGACUAAACGAACUAUUCAGUUUGUCGACUGGUGUCCCACUGGAUUCAAAUGUCAUAUCAACUACCAGCGGUCUACAGUCGUGCCUGGUGGAGAUUUAGCAAAGAGGGGUCUGCAUGAUCUCUAAAACAACAAGGAUUGCUGAGGUAUUCUCUCGGCUGGACCACAAGUUCGACCUCAUGUAUUCGAAGCGGGCUUUUGUCCAUUGGUAUGUUGGUGAGGACAUGGAGGAGGGAGAGUUUUCUGAAGCUCGGAAAGAUUUAGCUGCUCUAGAGAAAGACUACAAAGAGCUGGGUUCAGAAUCUAAUGACAAUGAAGAAGACCAAGCGAGUGAAGACAAUUCGAGGACUGUCAUUGGUUCUAAAUAGAGAUAUUUUUUUCACCUUGAUAAGGACUGUAAAUUUUAUUCUGUGUGCUCACUCAAAGGUUUACUUAAUCACACGCUGUAUUUUGACAGGAUUCCAAUAAGAAAGACCGUCAGAGAUGUUGGCGGGAUAAUGAUCAAGUUUUCCACCA